AUGGGACUGCAGCAGAAUUGCGAUUCGUCCUUGCAGACAUCGCAUCUCCUCCGACUCCCAACAGAGCUCCGCCUCAAGAUCUAUGGAUAUGCCCUGGCCGUGCCCAACGACUACCUCAACAAGCCCCUGAUCGUGGUACACGACCGCGGCAACGUCUUCACCGCGCGGGGCCGCUACCGUGCGCUAUCCAUGUGUCCCAGUUGGGAGGGCGAAGACGGCACCGCCCGCCGGCUGCUGGCCGUCAACCAGCAGAUCCACGCCGAAGCAGAAGACUACCUGUACUCGCAGCACACGCUGUUCUUCCGCAACUCGUUCGACCUGGACCGGCUGGGCGACUUCCUCGACACGCUGAGCGCCACGGCGCGCCGCCGCAUCCGCAGCGUCGGCUUCGAGGUGUUCUUCUUCGUCCACACCCAGAUCGGCGUCCCCAAGCGCACCCUCAAGCAGUAUGAGCGGGCUGGUCGUCUGCUCGCUGAGAAACUGCCCCAGUGGUCCAGCGUACUCUUCUAUCUCGACCCCCGCUUCUACUACCCCUCUGCCUCGUGCGGCGGUCGUGAACUGGCUGCCCGUGGGGUUCUUGACCUCGCCACCCGCUUCGGGCCUCUGUGCCCCGAGGUUGAUUUCUUUCCGCUGCCGAAUAGCCACCAGCAUCUCCUUGAGGAGGCUCAGCAGUUGCUCUGGCGCAGCAGUUCCCCUGACCGACAGCUUGUUGAGCGCCAUCGCGCUUCGACUCCGUCUUUCUCUCAAAAGUGUGCUCGCUCUGGUCAUUCCCCGCAGCCGGAUUCAUCUCUGGUUUGGUGA